ACUAACAUCUGUGCAAAUAUAUUUUAUGUUGAUGUUGUAAAUUAUUUAGUUUCCAUUAUAUAGUUGAUAAUCACUAGAAACUAUGCAUAUUAGUUUCGGUAACGAUAGUAUCCACCGUGAGUUUCACAGGCACACAAGCAUCUGAAUUAAUAAUGAAUUUACUUGUGACUGACGUGCAAUUCUAGCAAUACAGCUAUGAAUUCAUGUAAAUAUCAUAUCCGCGGCACAGAGAGUUUAAACGAACAAUUUGCAUUUUCAAAUUACAGACUAACACCGUAAAAUUCCUGAAGUUUAUUGUGCAAAUGUAAAAGCCUGUGAGCACACAGUUACGUAGCCCCGGCGACGAAAAGAAAGAUUACUCAAUUGCUUCGUCAUUUCAUAAGCCGUCGAAUUAUUGCCAAACUCUGCCGAGAAUCAGCUAAAAACCAGACAAAGCUAUUACCGACUAUCACUGUCGCGCAAAAUCCUAUUCUAAUGAAUCAUCGGACCGUGCAUAAUUUUUUUUUUUUUUAACAUCUUCGAGAGCAAGAAAUAUAUAUGGAAAGUUGACCGAAUUAGAAAACCGAAGCUUCACCUGCCACGGUUCUUCAAAUAUUUAUUUACACAGUGGCACUAUGUUUUCGAUAAACGCAAUGUUAAUGCAAUCUCGAUGAAAUAAUUCAUAAAGCAAUUCGUCAAAAAUAUUUCAUUACCCGUUAGCGAGGUACAUCGAUAAUAAUCAUUAAAUCAAAGGGAUAUAUUUCUAGAAAGAGAGGGAGAGAGAAAGAGAGCACUUGAUAUUACAUUGAAUCGAUAGAUUACAAUUCAGCCAGGAAUGAAUGUAUCAUGCGAGUGAACGCUACGCGGAAAUGCAAUAAAUUCAACAAUAAACUGUAUUGCCACGCUGGGAUGCGGCUAUUCAAGCGACAUAUUGACACUCGUUCGCUCUAUCGUCGAAAACGUGCAAUUUAUUACUCAUUAAUCUUGACAGUCUAAUUUACGUUGCCGAUCGAAUAUAUGAUAGAACGGAUUUCUUUAAUGGAAUCGAUUAAAAUCAAGAUGGGGAACAAUUGUAGCUCUAUAAUUGUAGAAUUAUGUCACACAUUUUUCGAGCCGAUUGAAAACUUGAUUAAAAAAAGAAAAAAAAAAAAAUGGCAAAAUAUUCGCGCGAUUUCGUCAAUGUAAAAUGUAAAGAAUUUGUCACAGAGUCGUUUCGAUCGAUUUUUUUGCACACUAGGACUUGAUCUCGGACAGAGAACGCGAGUUUUGCAAGGUAUUUUUGUCAACAUUUUUGUAAUACAGUAAAACGUCCGUAGUAUCGUGAUUGGCUGUGACGAAUACUAGAGCUACAACGAUUUUUGAAGAAAUCGGUUCAGCGAACGCAACUUCGCCUCUCACUGUACUGAAAUUACCGGCAAGCCAUGACAAAUAAAUUAAUGCUUUAACGAGUUCUCUCUGUCCCUCGCGUGUUGAACGCUCUUAUAAAAUAGGAUUUUCGCGAUCCAAGUAAUCAGUCUAUCGGUGAUCCUUCGAAGGAGCAAGCAUGGCAUUGAUACAGAAUCUGAUUGUGUUUGUCUGCUUCACGAUCGUCUUUGCUAGUGCCCGGCCAAAAAUGCAUCACGAAGGUGAUGGUCAUGGUCACGCGCAUUCCUUUCAUCAUUUUUCUGGUCCUGUCGAGGGCCAUCACGAGGAGAUCAGUUGGAAAGACAAACACGGCCACCAUCAGCACGACUACAAGGCUCAUCCCAAGUAUAAGUUCGCUUAUGGUGUGGAUGAUAAACACACUAAGGACUACCAUGGACAGAAGGAGCAUCGCGACGGGAAAGAAGUCGAGGGAGAAUAUCACCUUCACGAACCUGGCGGCAACGUGAGAACUGUGAAAUAUCAUUCUCAUCCUCACGGUGGUUUUUUCGCGGAGGUUCACAAUCAUGGAGGGAAUGAUCACUCUGGUGGUACUUACGGUGGACACAAGCACAGAUAGAUAACAUGAUGUCGUUGUUAUUACAUUCACAUUGUUAUUGUUGCUGUACCGAUAUUGUUGUUUGUUGCAUCCACAUUGUAUACUUUAUCAGAAAGUAGAGUAAUAUAUCUUGUUAUUACGUCACGUUAAUAAAUAUCGAGCACAAAAUUUGCAUCGGCAAGCGAAUUAAAUUUCCACCGGAAUUGCAUAGUUGGUCGCCAACUUCUUCAGUUUUAUUUCUCUUUCGGAGAAUGCAAGUUAUAAAAGUGCAUCAGCUAAUAUCUUCCCUCGCGGACUGAGUAAUU